AUUAGACAAUCUUUUAAAACAUGAUAAGUGUUUAACGAAGAAUCAAAAGGCUGAACCGUAGUUCCCUGAGUUCUCAGUAAACAAUAUGGCUAAAGCUCGUAAAAUACCAAAUGCCACCAAAGAGGAACUCAUGAUUUUAACCGUGAGUGAAAUAAUCUCACACCUUUUAAAAUCUAUUGAAGAGAAACGUGAUGUUGAUUUAAAUAAACUGAAGUCAGCAAUAUCUAGUAAAUAUGGCUUAGCCUCACAACCACGUCUGGUUGAUUUAAUCGCAGCUGUACCAACAGAACAUAGACAUGUGCUGUUGCCACAUCUGAAAGCGAAACCAGUUAGAUCAGCUAGUGGGAUUGUAGUUAUAGCAGUUAUGUGUAAACCUCAUCGAUGUCCUCAUAUAGCUGUGACCGGGAAUGUUUGUGUCUAUUGUCCAGGCGGACCAGAUUCUGAUUUUGAAUACUCCACACAAUCUUAUACUGGAUAUGAGCCCACUUCCAUGCGUGCUAUUCGAGCUCGUUACAAUCCCUUUAUUCAAACACGGCAUCGAAUUGAACAACUUCAACAACUCGGACAUACAUGUGAUAAGGUCGAAUUUAUUGUUAUGGGGGGAACGUUUAUGUGUCUUUCUGAAGACUAUCGGGAUUAUUUCAUUAGAAGCUUACACGAUGCACUAUCUGGACAUACAAGCCAAAACGUUGACGAGGCUGUUAUUUAUUCUGAACGAAGUAGAACAAAAUGUGUUGGAAUCACCAUUGAAACACGUCCAGAUUAUUGUUUAAAAAAACAUUUAAGUGAAAUGUUACGUUAUGGUUGUACACGGUUAGAGAUUGGUGUUCAAAGUGUUUAUGAAGAUGUUGCCAGAGAUACAAAUAGAGGUCAUACUGUUAAAGCUGUUUGUGAAUCAUUUCAUUUAUCUAAAGAUGCUGGAUUUAAAGUUGUUUCACAUAUGAUGCCUGAUUUACCAAAUGUUGGCUGGGAACGUGAUUUAGCACAAUUUGCUGAAUAUUUUGAAAAUCCAGCUUUUCGUUCAGAUGGAUUAAAAAUUUAUCCAACACUUGUUAUACGUGGUACAGGUUUAUAUGAAUUAUGGCGUACUGGUCGAUAUAAAAGUUAUCCACCCGGUAUGCUGAUUGAUUUGAUUGCUCGAAUAUUAGCAUUAGUCCCACCAUGGACUAGAAUUUAUCGUAUUCAAAGAGAUAUUCCUAUGCCAUUAGUAACUAGUGGUGUGGAACAUGGUAACUUACGUGAACUUGUAUUAGCUCGAAUGGAAGAACUAGGUGCUAGUUGUCGUGAUGUUCGAACACGUGAAGUCGGCAUACAAGAAAUACAUUCACGUGUAAAACCAUAUCAGGUUGAACUUGUUCGUAGAGAUUAUGUUGCAAAUGGUGGUUGGGAGACAUUUCUAGCCUAUGAGGAUCCAUAUCAAGACAUAUUGAUCGGUUUAUUACGUUUAAGAAAGUGUUCACUGCAAACAUUUAGACCAGAAUUAAUCGCUACAAAACGUAUUAAUAAUGGUGAUGAUGAUGACAAUGUUCAAGGUAAUAAAGAUCCUCGUUGUUCCAUUGUACGUGAAUUACAUGUAUAUGGUAGUGCUGUUCCAGUGGCUGCUAGGGAUCCCACAAAGUUUCAACACCAAGGUUUUGGAACUUUACUAAUGGAAGAAGCAGAACGUAUAGCUAAAUAUGAACAUGGUUCAUUGAAGAUUGCAGUUAUAUCCGGUGUGGGGACUAGAAACUACUAUCGAAAAUUGGGUUAUGAAUUGGAAGGUCCAUAUAUGAUCAAGUUUUUAUAAUGCACAUUUUUAACUAACUUGACAUACACUGACAAUAUUUCGUCCCCCCAUUGAUUUUAUGUACAUUUUUUCUACUCCCAAUAAUCACCCUCUAAUAAUCAUUUAUUACUAAUUUAUGAUCGAUUCGAUUUGUAUUUUAGAAAAGGCUUCUGAGUAUGAUUAGACUUUACGAACGAUCAUUGGUGAUAAUUUGAUAGUCAUUUGGUACCUGUACGUACAAAACACUUAUACUAGGUAUAAUGAUGGCAACAGUUAAUACAGUGUCAUAAAUGACAGGUUUUAAUAUCUCAUUUUUGGUAUAAGUUCCUUUGUGACUAAUUGAAUUUGGAUUGAAAACAACAAUAUUAUCAAUGAAUGUGGAUGAAUUCUUGGUUUGAUGCUGAUUAUGUGGAUAUUUCGUUGUCACCAUAACGAACAAAUGAAAUUGGUUUACUAAAUGAGCUAAGCUUCAGUAAUGUCAUAUCGGUGAAGGUUUAUACAGGCAUUUAUCAUAUCAGUACCAUUCAUCACAGAUGUAACUCCAAUACACAUCAGUUCUCUCUUACAAAUAGCUAAGUACUGAAUGUCUUUCUCUUUUCUUGGUAGUUUCGUUUGAGUACACAUUACUCAUUUGCCGUCAAAAUCACUGCACUGUAUGUAUUAUAUGGAGUAUUGAUCAGAAUACACAUGAUUUCUGUAUUAGCAUUCUGAAUCUCAACUAAAUGAAAAUCCGAACUGGAAAUAUAUCUUACGACUUCCUUAUAAAACGACAUAACAUUUGCAAUUGGUUCAUUGUGUAAGUUGGAUAUAUCCGGAUUAUUUGUGGAUGAUCUGCUUCCCAUAUAUGACUAAUAUUCCCUAUCUGCUAAUAUAUAUUUAUGCCUUACUUUAUACAGCAUGUUAAUAUACUGACGGGGUACUUAGUUGAAAUACAGCUUUGAUCUUAUUGAUGUUACUUGUACUACUAACUACACUUGAAGCGGACAAGCGACUAUUGAAAUAAAGAUGCAAGCAACAUUUCAACAGACAUGUUUCUAGUUAAC